CAUGUCUUCCAAAGUUUACUCUACAGGCUCCAGAGCCACGGACUCUGACUAUGACCACCACGAGCCCCCGGGCCAGCAGCAGCCAGCGCUCCCGGGGGCCAACGCGGAAGCCGUCGACUUCCUGAACUCCUUAAAAAAGGAGGAACUGAAGUUGCUGCUCUUCUCCGAGACUCUGGCCAUUGUCUCUGACACCGGGGAGCCUCAAGGAGAGCUGACCAUCGAGGUGAAGAGAGGGAAAUACAAGGACAGUACGGGCAUCAUGUCCCGCUGCCUCCUGGUGCACGCCCAUAGCCGAGGCUACCUGGAUGGAGUGCUUUGUGGCAACACUCUCCUGGGCUACCUCGACAAGAAACUGGAGCCCAUGGAACAGCACAGUCUUGAGUACAUCAAGUUUCCCAUCCUCCCCAUGGAACGGAAGACGAGUCUGACCAGACAGGAUGACCGGCUGGUGGUGACUAGAAUUGUCAAGGAGGGUGAGAACGUGAAGACCAACGUCACAUCUUUCCCCUGGGACUCACUCGCGGGCUUCAUCUCCAACGCCGCGAAUCUGGUGCUGCUGAGGGUGAUGGCCUGGCGGCAGGUGGUGCCCAACAAUGCCUACUUCCUGACCUUGGACAAUGAGGGAAAGCUUUGUCACUGCACCUACCAAGCCCUGGGCUACCAGACGAUCCAGGUGGGCCACCAAGAGGCCGAGAUGUUCAUUGUGGAGCAAACUGUGCACUCGGAUGAGAACAUCCCCUUCUCCUGCCAAUUCUACUUGCUCUCUGAUGGGCACCUGGCUAAGAGAGUCCAGGUGGGUUCCCCAGGAUGCUGCAUCAUCUCCAAGAUGCCCAUCUUGAGGGAGGAGGAUGAAAUUGAGUCUCGGCCACAAUUUGAGAAGAAGCCCCUGGAAUGGAAGGAGGACUUACAACUCUACCUGAGAUUCCUCGACCGGAAGGAGCAGCUGCGGCUCAGCCACGCCAGGUACCUGCGGCAGCACCCCGAGGUGCUGGCGGCCGUCUCGGACUUCCUGCUCUUCCUGCUGAUCCGCCAGCCCAGCGACGUGCUCACCUACGCGGCCGAGCACUUCGGCGCCUACUCGCCCCGGCGCCGGCCCACGCCCUACGUGCGCAGCUCCCACCCGCCCAGCCCCUUCCGCGCGCUGCAGGAGGAGGAGGAGGAGGAGGAGGAGGAGGAGGAGGAGGAGAGCCUGGAGGUCACCGCCGAGGAAACCCCGGCCGGCAGCGAAGACGACCGCGAAGCCGCAGGCUAUGCUGACGACGUUCCCGACGACGACGAUGACUAUGACGACGACGAUGACGACGAUGACAAUGACUAUGACGACGACGACGACGAUGACGAUGAUGACGAUGACGACGACGAUGACGAUGACGACGAUGACGACGACGACGACGAUGAUGAUGACGACGCUGACGAUAAUGAUAAUGACCAGGAUGACAAGGACGAGCACCGUGACAAGGACGACCAGGAUGACAAGGACGACCAGGAUGACAAGGACGACCAGGAUGACAAGGACGAUCACCGUGACAAGGACGACCACCAUGACAACGAUGAUCACCAUGACAACAAAGAGAACAACAAGGCCUUGGGAUAGGACCCGGAGGGGUCUGGCAGGCACUGGUCCUUGCCUCUCAUCCCUGCUGUGGCUUGGAGGGCGGAAGCAGGGACGGUCCCACGGCCCUGUGGUGGCAGCUGAGACUAACCCUGACCAGCGCCUAGCGUUACAAAAUGGAAACAGGUCGUCGUUCAC